GGCGCAACCCAGCUCCGAGCAGACACUCGCCGCCGCCGCCGCGACAUCAUCAGAGGGCAACAAGCGGGGGAAUGGCGGAGCGGCAAGUGGCGGAGCUGGGUCCCGGCGCGGCAUGCUGCGGCUGGAACCACUGUGGCCGCCGCCUCGCCGCCGGCGCCGUCGACGGCUCCGUCUCUGUCUACGACUCCCACCCGUCCCCUUCCUCCAAAUGGCAGGCCCAUGAGCAGGCCAUUGUGAAUGUUGUCUGGCUUCCUCCGGAGUAUGGGGAUGCUAUAGCUUGUGUUUGUGCUGAUGGGACACUGUCUUUGUGGGAGGAGGUUGCUGAAGACGAUCAACUUCCAACCUGGAGAAAGCGUAAAGUCUUUGAGGGUGGCAACUGUCGCAUACUAAAUGUACAUUUCGGAUUACAUCUGGGAAGCCUGAAAAUGGUUACUACAUACUCAGAUGGCCAAGUCAAGAUCUUUGAGCUCUUGGAUUCCUUGGAAUUGGACAAGUGGCAGCUUCAGGCAGAGUUCCAAAAUGUGAUGGAUCCAGUCUCUAGAUUUGGAAAACCUGCAUGCACUUCUGCAUCAAUAGCAUGGAAUCCAAGAAGAGGUGUAAGCCAACAAGCUAGUUUUGCAAUUGGCUUCAAUUCAGAUUCGCCUCAUUUCAACUCUUGUAAGAUUUGGGAGUUUGAAGAAGCUCAUCAGCGCUGGCUUCCACUUGUUGAGCUUGGUUUACCCGAGGAUAAGGGAGAUAGAGUGUGUGCUGUAGCAUGGGCUCCUAACAUUGGCAGACCAUAUGAGAUUAUUGCAGUUGCAACCAGCAAAGGAAUUGCAAUCUGGCAUAUAGGUUCGAACACUGACUCUGAUGGCAGACCGUCGACAGAGAAUGUUGCUUUACUUUCUGGUCACGAUGGUGAGGUGUGGCAACUGGAAUGGGACAUGGGCGGUAUGACACUCGCAUCCACCGGAGGUGACGGCAUGGUUAAGUUAUGGCAGGCCAAUUUGGAUGGAGUUUGGCAUGAGCAGGCUGUUCUUGACUGCAGUGGAUCACGUGUCUAGGGAUUUCGAAAAAUAUUUUCGUUCCCCUUGUGCAAACAUGACACUAGGUGUUGCUGCUCUUUUUUUUUUGAGAAGCUAGCAGGAGCACUGCCUUGUCAUUUAAGGAGAGAGAAGCAUGCUGGUUUAGGUGUUGCUGCUCUUGCUGCAGAAUUCUUCGGUGUUUCUUUCUUAUCUCCUGCGUGCUAGUCCCUCCAAAAUGACUUAUAAUUUGGGACGGAGUGAGUAUUAUUGUAUGGUUAGUUUGGCGCUAUGGAAAUCCGGCAUGGCGCUGCUACUGCUCUAAUGACAUGUCACGACAUAUCACGUGCGGAUGUAAACAGUUUUUAUGUUCUACCCAAAUUGACGAAAGGACGAUUGUAACUCAUAAAUGCUCCGGGGACCGCCAUUGAGAGGUCCAGAAGAGGAAGGCACCAGGUUUCUAUUGGAAGUCGCACAGCGUUCACCGGAAGCUAUCGCUGGGCCGAGGCCGUCCACUUGUUCAAGCUUCUGCUGGAUAUGCAUCAUGCAACAACUGGUUUGAAAUCUUUGGCGUGUCCUCUCAAGAUAACACUGAUGUGCUUGUGUCAUUAAGAGCAGAUAACCCUGUUGCUAGCUAUGUGCGGCGCUAUAAUUUUUCGAUGUUCUAAGUUCCGUGAAAAAAUAUGACCUUUGGUCCACCACAAAUUGGAUAGCUAUUUCAGAA